AUGAGAUUUCAAGCAAUAUAAAGUUUACUACACAAUGAAAUUGACGAAUUUUCAUCCAAAAAUGAUCAUCAGAAAAAAGAUCUUAAUCAAAUACCAAAAUAGAUUGAAUGCAACAAAGGAUUUUCAAUGUGUGGAGUUUAAGUAAUAAAUAACAAGAAUUCUAUUACAAAUAUCAAGGAUAUCUAUUCACUUAUUCGAGAUCAUGACCCAAUGAAGAUAAGCUUGAUCAAGUAAACAAUUAAAGAGGAAAUGGUAACUCCAAAAACUAAGUAAAAUCAUGAUUAUAAUACAGAGCAAAAUAUUGACUUGAUUAAACAAAAUUUGCUAGAAUAGAUUCCAGAUUAUAGAAGAAAAGGAAGUCUUGUGCUUUCUGACAAUAGAGAUAAAGAGUUUCUUUAUGUGAACCCAUCUAGUGGUAAAAUUUACAGGUCAUAUGAUGAAAAGGGAAAUCGUUAUUUAAGAAGUGACAUUUUAUACAAAUCAAUUUCAAGGGAUAUGAGAAAAUACUUCUCAAAAGACUUCAAUGCUGUGACUGGAUUUAUCUUAAUAAAAAAUCGUCAAGAAAAACAAUUCUUUAUCAGACAGAUUGCUGUUUACCUCAAAUACAGAUUUCCUGAAUUGUGUACCAAAUUCUAAGAUUAGGAAUGGUAAAUGAAUGAUGAGAAGCAAUUAAUUCCAAAUGAUUUGAUGUUUUUCUUCGGCUGUUUGAUAUAUCCUAAAGAAAUGUAUAAAUCACUUCACAACGAUUAUGAUUAAAAUGAAGAAAUCAACCCAAAACAAUAAAGCUAAGAUUGCAAAAUCAAGAUGAGCAUGAUAUCUGAUUCUAAAAUGAAAAUGCUUCAUGAAUCGCUCUACUCAUUUUCUUUAGAAAAGCUAUAUGACUUGAUAAACACAGAACUCUAUGCUUAUUUUUUUUGCUAUUAUUUUUCAAAACAAGUCCUGACAACCGACUACAUCGAAAAUAAAAUAUAUAAUUUAGAUGAUUCUGUUGGAAGUCAUUACCCUGCUUUUGUUAUCGCAUAUAAUCUUCUUCUUUAACUAAGCUAACUUACUUUGAUUAGUGCCAUUAAAAAAAUUAAGGAGAAUCCGAAGAACAUAUAAUACAAAGUUCAAAUGAAAAAUUAUAUCCAACUAAAGACAAAACCCAUGAUUCUUUUUAAGCAUGUUCCUAAUUCAAACAAAAAAUUUGAUUAAUCUAAAUCUAAGUCCAAACAAAGGAAAAAUAUGACUAAAAGAUUUUCUGGCACGAAUAUUGAUAUAUUAGAGAAUAAAAUUUGCAAAUAGAAAAAAUUUAAUUUGUAUGUAUGA